UGACUGAAGCAAAACCCCAGCAUGUUAGGAGGAAAUAGAGACAUUCUCUUGAAUGUGAAUGUUCCAUUCUGCUUUUCAAAGAUUCCCUAUGUUGGGAAUCUGUUUCUUCACCUGUUUCUUGGCAUGCGGUAUAAAAGCAGACACAGGAAAAAAAUGCCCUGAAUUUACAGAUCUUAGCUUACCCAAUGCUCUGAUAGGCACAGAUCUAAAAGUGCAACUUCUUUUGUACACAAGGAAAAACCAAAACUGUUCUGAGAAUCUCAGUGGACAAAACUUAACAACUUCUGUGUAUCUAAAUGUGACCAAGAAAAUUGUUUUUGUUAUUCAUGGCUACAGACCUACAGGCUCACCACCAGUAUGGAUUAAUGAAAUUAAAAAUAGUCUGCUUGCAAAAGAGGACAUUAAUAUUAUAAUAGUGGAUUGGAAUCGAGGUGCCACAACUUUGAUUUAUCCAAAUGCUGUUUCCAAUACCUGGAAAGUGGCAGAAAUAUUGAAGAACCUUAUUGAUGAAAUGUUGGAAAAUGGAGCCUCUCUUGAUUCUGUUUACAUGAUUGGAGUAAGCCUUGGGGCUCAUAUAGCUGGAUUUGUUGGAAAGGCAUACAGUGGUAAAAUUGGCAGAAUAACAGGUCUUGACCCAGCAGGGCCAUCGUUUAGUGGAAAAGAGCCAUCUGAGAGAUUGGAUCAUACUGAUGCUCAGUUUGUUGAUGUCAUUCAUACAGAUAUCGAUGCUUUGGGUUACAGGAAACCUUUGGGAAACAUUGACUUCUACCCAAAUGGAGGAACAGAUCAACCAGGAUGUCCACGGACAAUACUUGGAGGAUCUCAGUAUUUCAAAUGUGACCAUCAGAGGUCUGUUUUUUUGUUCCUGUCAUCUUUGGAACAGAAGUGUAAGAUAACUGCAUUUCCUUGUGACUCAUACAUGGAUUACAGGAAUGGAAAAUGUGCAAGCUGUGAAGCUUUAAAAACCCUUCCAUGUCCAGCAUUGGGUUAUUAUGCUGAUAAAUGGAAGAACCAUUUAAUUGAAAAAACACCCCCUAUGACAAAAGCUUACUUUGACACUUCAGACAAAAAGCCUUUCUGUAUGUAUCAUUACUUUGUGGAUAUCAUUACCUGGAACAAAAGCAGUAGGAGAGGUUUUAUAAGAAUCCAGAUAGCAGAUAACACAGGAAAUGUAACAGAAUCUAAAAUAAAUAGUGAUGCAGCAGUAUUUCACCAGUAUAGACAAGCCAAGAUCUUUGCUGGAUUUUAUAUGGAUUUUGACAAUGUAUCAAAAAUUACCUUGACAUUUUCUACAAAGAAUGUAGUUGGCCCAAAGUACAAGCUUAGGGUCCUCCAAAUGAGAUUAAGAUCUUUGUCAAAUUCUGAAAGGUUUCAUCUCUGUAGAUAUGAUUUUAUACUACUGGAAAAUGUUGAAACAAGCUUCAGGCCUAUUCCAUGCCAUGAGAUUGAUGUGUGAAACUGUCUCUUGUCAAUGUUCCUUCUCUUAUACAUGAAGUUAAAAAAAAUGAGAAAUGAUGUAAAGAUCAACAAGCUGUCUUCACAGUGGCUGAAUUCCAAUAACUGUGGCUACCUCUGAAGAUCACAGAUUGAAGUCUUACAAGAAAUUCAGAUAUUUGUGAUGUGUGAAAGAUGCAUUUUUAUUAGCAUGCUUAAAAUCAAAUAAUCUUUCUGUAGACUUUGGCUGGACACUUCUACAAAGGACUAUUAAUUUGGUAUCUGACAGAAAAUGUCAUUGCUUUGUGCAUAAGUGCGCGCGCACACACACACACACACACACACACAACUUUCAUAUUCUAUACAUGGAGUUCUUUCAAGGGGAUGUCUUAAAUCAAAGAACCAAGUUUUUUCAUGCCAUCCCUUUGUGCGUGUGUAGAGCUGGAGAGUUGAGGGGGCUACUUGUGCACAUUAGAGGCCAAAGAUCCACAGAAACUGCUAAACUGAAGCAGAAUUGAAUAAAUUAGCUGUUUUUGUGAUAUCAGUGCUACAAACUGGACAAAGAAGCAAUAUUUCAUAUGAACAGAAGUUCUGUUCAUCUUGUUCCAUGAGCCUAAGUAUAAGAUGUGUGACCUAUUUAUUGAGUAUUUCUACUGAGUUAAGUGGUAUUUAUUCCCUGACUAAUGAGUUUAAUAUUAAUGCUUAAUUAUCUGAUUACCAAAGUCAUCUGGGAAUGUUAAUUUUUUAAAAUAGAUAUUUGUUUUUUUUAAAUUAUGGAAAAGACACUGAUUAUGACAUAAUAUGGAAGUGUUUCAUAAUGGUAAAGAGGAAUAGAGCUACACCAAAGAUGGAGCAAAAAAACAAAAGAGCAAUGGUGUAGUGGGAAGAAAAAACAGUCAUUUAAAAAACAAAUAAUAUUAAAACAAAUUUUAUAUAGAUCACUCUGAAACUUUCACAAAUCAGAUAAAUACACAACUAACCUGUAAAGUUGUAUGGCCAAAGCAGUUCCCACAACAACAAAGCUUCAGACAGAGAAGUUUGAUGGUCUGACUCAGUUUUUAUCCCAUAUAAAAAUAACAAUUUGAAGCUUUCAUUCUUUAGAAGGAGGCAUUAUGUAUUAUAAAAAGUACUUUAAACAAGACACAAUUGAUAAUGCCCCCUCUCCAUCUUUCCUAAUGGCAUUAUCAGGGAUAACUUUGACAAAGAACUCUCUUGCAACAUUUUAUUGGCAAGUUAAAGGUAUAGCUAUGGGUUCUUUCAUGGCACAAGAGGUGUAUAUAGGUCAUUUUGAAGAACAUUUUGUAUAUUUUAUUGAUAAUCUUUUUUUGGAAUGUAGUAUUGCAUGGUGGCCCUUGGUUGAAAAUAUUUUCUUGAUAUGAAAAGGCAGGCCAGCCCAGUUAUUGACAUUCCAGUACUGGCUUGAUAUACAGGAUGAGAGUAUCAGGUUUAAAUUGCAUAUAAAUUGUAGAUUAAUUUCUUGGAUGUUAUUGUUAUCCAGAAGGACAGAAACAUUUAGACAGGUUUAUAUACCCUCUCCGUGAUAAAAAUUCAUUUUUUAGGUAUGAUAGUCACCACCACUUAACUUGAAGAAUAAUUUGUCAUAUAGCCAGCUUUUAAGAAUCACUCUUGCUGUGGAAACUGCUUUGGCUACACAAUUUUACUCGUUAGUUGUAUAUACAUAUUUUUUAACCUUUGAAAGUUUCUGUGAUCUGUAUAAAUUUUAUUUUAAGAUCUGUUUCCAUCCAUAUAUAAUUGGUAUAAUGCUCCUUUAUUGCACCUGUAUAAUUUUUGAAACAUGCUCAUGGAUUUGUGAUUCAUUUAUGCAUUAUUCAUACGCUCAAUGUUUCCUGUAUUUUUACUGAAUUUCUUAAUUCUGCUUUUUAAUGGUAAUUUAUUUUUUCCCUGUUUUUAUUAUAGAUUUAUCUGAAGAAGCGUACAUGAAACACAUAGGGGCAGUAUAACUGGAUAAAAUAUUUUCCCCCAUUAUACUGUUGCUCUAUUGGUUUUUUGCUGGGGUGUAAAAAUAAGACCCACACGACAUAUAUUUUUAUAUGGUAACUUUCAUGGGCCAUAUAGCUAUUAUAACUGAAUACUAGAAACACUAAACAUUAGAGAAAUAACUAGCAUUACACAUGCUUUUUCACACAGAAGGAGAAAAAAGAAUUAAUUUUGAGCCAACUAUUAAGUUAUAAUAUAUAGUAAUUAUAAAUUACAUUGUGCUACUUUAUAAAUACUAAAUCAUUAGCAUCUAUCUAUAACUGUAUUUUCUAGAUAGUUAAAACUUUGUGUCUACCUAUGUACUUACCUGCCUACCUAGGUUUAAAAGCUCCAGGGGGAGUAAUAUAGUUCCCAUAUUUUGGAAGCAGGGCUGAGGCUGAAAGCCUAGCUACUCUAUAUUUUCUCAUAUCUUCUUUGGGUCCUGGUAAUCAGAUGUGCUGUUAAAUUCUGUGCUUAAAUUUCCAUGCACACAAGGGCCAAUUCAGAUCAGGACUGCAAUGUGCGCAAAGAAGGGGCUUAAGCCCCCCCCCCCCAUACAGAUCAGAAAUGCUGCAGGGGGAAACUUAGAUGCAGCCCAUCUGCACACGAGGUGGGGCAAUUAGCACACCUCUGGGCAGCUUCACGUCAGGAAAACAGCAUGGGGGAAGGCUUAAACCCUUUCUUCCCCUGUUCCCAGUCCAAACUGGUCCCUGCACUCCUCGUUAUUGAGCUCUGAGCACCGAACUUCAGUGUACAUCUGAUUGCCAGGACCCAGAGCAGACACAAGGAAAACGUAACGUGUAAUUAGUUGCUGAAAGAUAAGUAUUCUGUUUAAGAUCUGAUGAAUUCAUUGCUGAGUUGAGCUCAUGGACUUAUCCAGCAGACACAAUAUGACACUGACUAAGAUCACAGUCACUGUCAUGGUCACUAAACAAUUACCUUCAGAAGGAUUUCUAUUUAAUAGCAGUAUUUAAUAGCAGGCAUCUUCAUUUCAGAGUCAAUCGUAGAUCCUCAAACUUAAUGACAAUAUUAACCUUUGAAUAAGUAGAAGAACUACAGUUCCAUUUCACUUUCAAUUGACAUACUUGCAGUCUGGAACUGAGCUCCGUAUGUAUUUUUUUUCUUCUGGCUAGUUGCUACCAAACAUCUCUUUAAUUGGUUUGAUUCUAAGGGCAGCUGUACAAAACAUUGUAGUUUUUCAGUCUUUAGUCAGCCUACUUAUAACCUACAAAUUCUUAAGACAACUGCAUCUAGCAACAUAAAGGUUCUUUCACAAAAAUAGGCAAGGCAAGGCCUACACAAACACCACAACUCAGGAACCAAAGGUCCAGUGGACAUAAGUGCACAAAUAUCUAAAGAUGAAGUAACAUUUUAGUGUAGGUAAAGCAUUGAAUGAGGCAGCCUAGUAGCCUUUGGAAUUAGCAGUGGGUGUCAGUAAUGCUCUGUUGCUUAGGUACCCUUAAUCCUGGCUGAGUGUCUUAUGCUGACUUCUUAAUAAGAUGUGCAUAUGUUCAUUUUCUUCUUGUGUCAUCUUGUACUAGCAAGGAAAAUGUGGGUGGUAUGUUUCUAUAUUGAGUGUUGCUGUGGUGGCAGGCUUCCUACAAUCUUUAUAUUUGCAAUGCUGUAGGGUUUUAAAAAAAGUAGUUAUGGUUGUGGCGUGCAUUUUUAAUUAGUGAGGACCUGGCUUUUAUGGUCUGUUUCAAGGUAAAGGUAAUGGAUGUAUAUACAAAGCAUGACUGAAGAGAUAAUUAGAUGCAGGAGAGAGGGUUUACCAAAAAACCCUGGAAGUGUUGAGGCUUCUGGAAAUUGUCUUACAUCUGACAAAUUCCUACAGGAGCAAACGUCACCCAGAGCCAAACUGGAAUGGGUAGUUCUACUUAAUUACAUUUUUAUAAGUUGAGUUCCACUUUAACAGUAAUGGUAGGUGGCUACUCAUCUGAAUAAAAUAUAUCCCAAGAGUAAAGCAGUAAAAAUUCUAAGUAGUUUAUUGAAGUAAUGACAGGGGCUUAAUUAGCACUUAAUUGUAGUCAAGUACUUAAAACUGUUCUGCAUCCAUAUGCUAGGAAGACUAAAGCGGAUUAUAUGUAUUACUUAUUAUAUCAGUGGAAGUACAAAUGAAUACAGUUAACAAUAUUAUUGCUACUAAAUUUAUAACAGUAAUUUUUUAUUCACAAAUGAAUCAAAUACGGCCCUAGGCAAAUUCCUAUUUUGUGAUAACUGUUGGUUACAGAGUAUCUUUAAAAACACAGAAGAAGCUCUUUCUGCACAUUACCUGGCUUUCAAAGGAAUUGUAAGUAUGAUAUAGAGCAUAUUUGGAUAAUUACACCACACACUUCUUUUCAAGGAGCCAAGUCAGGCACUGACAAAAGGGAGCCUGCAACUGCAGAUGAAGGUAGGACCAUCACACCCAUAAAAUGAAACUCUUGUCUGUAUGUGUACAAUAGCAGGCUCUGGAACAGCCCCAUGCCUGGUGUGAAAGUAUAUAGUCCGAUAAUGCCAGGUCCUUUGCUCAGGAAGGGGACCUACAGCCAGUCAGAGAACCUGCGGCUUGCUUCUCCAGCUCCUCAUUCCCUUCUUAAUCUGCUUUUAAAAUCUUUGACUCAGUUCUCAUUGCUAUGGGCGGGGAGUGGCGGGUCAGUGAGAAAUAGGGAUAUUAACAUCCAAUUUCAUAACAGUUCUGGUUUGCAUUAAAAGUUCAAGUUUCCGCUUUUUCCAUUCUCGGAUGAAACUCAGAUGAUCUUUAUGUCUUGAUCAUAUUAAUGACAUUCAAUAGAAAUAUUGUCAUUAAAUUACUCUCUGUCAAUAGUAUAAAAAUGACAGAAAAAUUAUGUAUAACUUCUAAAUGAUGUAAAAUGGCAUAUUACAUAAAAAUCCAUUAAAAUAGAAAUGGAAAAAUUGCCAAAGAGAGUAGGCAAGACCAAGAUGAUUUGUAUAUGCCUUCUCCUUAGCUGAUACUGCCCACAAACUCACCCACCCUCUCCCUUGGGGUAAUACCAAGAAUAAAAAGUAUAAGCCAUCUCUUAUGUACUCACUCUCACCAAACAUAUACUGACAAUGGAUAAGGAGGACGCUCUGAAAAGGGCUAUGCCUUGUAUUUUAAGAGGGUCUUCUAUGGAUGUCUUCUACAUGGGACCCUGAAACCUGAAGCAAGUACUGCUUUCCCUAUUUUCACUUACAAGGUAUCACUCAGUAGCCCGUGUUAAUAUGGCUUUAUAAUUUAAAUUAUGGGCAUGCAUCCACUCAGCUUUGAAUUGUGACAUCUGAGAAGCCCUGCCAAUGGCAGCCUUGUGGCCAUUCUGGCUGCUUAGCAACCCCAUGAACAAACACUUGAAGACUGUGUCCAUGACUGUAUUCCAAUAAAGCAUUUACAUUUUCAGAUA